AUGAAGUUCUCCGCCGUGUUAGCUCUCUCCACCGCCGUCCUGGCCUCCGCCAAGUCCGUCCGCAACCACUACCCCGUUCGUCGCGAUGGUCACAAGAAGGCUGGUUCCGAGGUUGGCAAGGCACUUCCGGCUGGUAUGAGCGGGUUUGGAGUUUCCAACAGCCAGGUCACUGAGGUCAUCAUCAUCUGGACGAACCCCGGUGCCGGCGCGCCCACAAUCAACAUCAACCCUCCUGCUGGCGGCGUUGCAGCUCCUCCGGCCGCGCCCCCCGCUGCCCCCGCUGCCCCCGCUGCUCCCCCGGCGGCUCCUCCUGCUGCUGGCCCUCAAACACACCACAGCCGUUCUAAUUUUUUGUCUCAGGUCACUGUUGGUGGCCCUUCUGGUCUCGUUUUCGUUCCCGACCAGAUCAAGGCGAACGUUGGUGACAUGGUUGUCUUUACUUUCAUGAGCCAAAACCACACCGCUACCCAGUCUGCCUUCGCGACUCCCUGCGACCCUCUAGCCGGUGGCAUGGACUCCGGCUUCGUUGCCAACCCUAACAACUCCGUCAACCCCCCUCCCCAGGUCGCGAUGCAGGUUAUGGUCUCUGACCCCUUGUGGUUCUACUGCCGCCAGGGUAACCACUGCGGUAAGGGUAUGACCUUCUCCAUCAACCCUACCGCCGAGAAGACCCAGGCUCUCUUCCAGUCGAUGGCCAUCCAGCAGAAGGGUAAAGGCGCCCCCAGCGCUAUUGUCGGUGGCCAGCCCCCCGCUGCUGCUCCCGCUACUCCCUCGGCUCCCGCUGCUGAGCCUCCCGCCGCCGCACCCCCUGCUGCCAACCCUGCUGCUCCUCCCGCCGCUGGUGGCGGCGCUACCGGCGGUGUCCAGACCGGUACUGGCCAGAUCAACGGCAACGGUGCUUGCGUCUGCGCUGUUUCCUGCACCGCUGGUUCUUUCCCCGCCGCGGUCCAGGGCGUCGGUGCUUUCGGCGGCAUGGCAGGAUCUCUUCCCAUGGAGAUGAUGGAGGCUUAA